GGCGAAUUGAUUCGAUGGGAGGGGCCGUUCUGGAAGAACCAAAUAAAAUACGACAGAACAUCGCCGCUUUCCUGUCUUCAUUUCUUGGGGCCAACUAAGCCCGUUCCUGGCUGACAACACCCGGGCCCCCUUUAUUUUCUUGGGUUUCCCCCCCCCCAAUUUUAUUCUUAUUCCACUUGCCGUCUGAUUCCUUCCACCAACAACGUUCCACCUUGAUUGAUCUAUCUCAUUCGCCUCUCCCUCUCCUCCCUCUCAACCACACCCAGUUACCGAUUCUACAUAUCGCAGUAUUGUGAUCUUUCAUCACCCUUACAAUGAGUCCGAUUCAGAUCCCCUUCGACGCGCUCGCCUCGCGAUUCGGCGACCGUUUCAAUAGCGUCCGUUCUCAAUCCCUCGGGUCGCGUUUCGCCAACCUCCGCCCGGUGUCCGAGUUCCUGGACUUCAAGCGUCUGUCCAAACCCGCCAACUUCGGUGAGGCCCAGAGCCGUGUCAACUACAACUUGGGCUACUUUUCCAGCAACUAUGCCGUGGUCUUUGUGAUGCUCAGCAUCUACAGUUUGCUGACCAACCCCGUCCUGCUGUUCGUCAUCAUCCUGGUCACCGGCGGUCUCUACGGGAUCGGAAAGCUGGAAGGCCGCGAUCUGAACCUGGGGUUUGCCCAGUUGAAUACCUCCCAGCUUUAUACCGGUCUCGUCUGUGUCGCGGUCCCUCUGGGAUUCUGGGCCUCACCGAUUUCGACGGUGCUGUGGCUCAUUGGUGCGACGGGCGUGACGGUCUGCGGUCACGCCGCCCUGAUGGAUAAACCGAUCGAGAAUGCUUUUUCAGAGGAGGCGGUCUAGGUGGUCGGCCGCGAGCUCCUUACGAUGUGCCCCGAUGGGGAAGACCACCGGGGGCACGACAGGGGAGACAGACCAGGGGAUGGGGGACUCCGUGGGUGGAUGGUGACUCACGAAUCCAGGAGAUCGAU